CUGAAGAAUGGGAAUAAACACGAAUAAAUAACAAAGGGAGGCCGCGCGCCGGGAUGCGUCGGGCUGCAGUCGAGCGGCUAUUGUCUCCCCGCCCUGGCGUCCUCCGCCCGCUCCGGCCCUUUCCCUUUGCUUCCUUAUUUUCUAUUUUAAAGAGACGCCCCCUCCAGCCCCCUCGCCAGUGACCUUGGCCGCCGCGGAUGCUCUGAUUCCCCGCGGCCGCCGCCAGCUUGUCCCGCGCCGGCCGGGCCCAUGGCCGCGUCCGAGGACGGGAGCGGCUGCCUCGUGUCGCGGGGCCGCUCGCAGAGUGACCCCAGCGUCCUCACCGACUCCUCGGCCGCCUCCUCCGCGGACGCAGGGGAGAACCCAGAUGAGAUGGAGCAGGCUCCCCCGGUGCGUUCUGAGUAUCUCGUCUCAGGGAUUCGAACUCCCCCCGCGAGGAGGAACAGCAAGCUGGCCACCCUGGGCAGGAUCUUCAAGCCCUGGAAGUGGAGGAAAAAGAAAAAUGAAAAGCUGAAGCAGACAACGUCAGCGCUGGAGAAGAAGAUGGCCGGCAGGCAAGGCCGGGAGGAGCUCAUCAAGAAGGGUCUGCUGGAGAUGAUGGAGCAGGAUGCUGAAAACAAAGCGGGCAACCCCGGUGGGGGCCCCCGAGCUGUGCAGAGUGAAGCGUGCACCCCCAAGCAGGAGCCGCCGCCCUCGGGGGACACCCCACCUGGGAGCCCCAUGGCCGCCGGGACUGACCCGGCCUCCCCGGAGGAGGCCCCCACCUCGGACGCCCACCCGGACGACGCAGCCAAGAUGCCAUCAGCAUCCAACGGAGGGGAAGAAGGAGCUGACAGCAGCGUCCUGCCCGCCCCAGACGAGCCCUCUCAGGCCUCAGCCAGGUCUGACUCCUCAGGCAGUCCUCACAGACCCCUGGAGAGAUCCGUGGGCCAGCUCCCCAGCCCCCAACUGCUGCCCACCCCCCCACCCAAGGCAAGCUCCAAGGUCAUGAAAAACAUCACAGCCCCAGGCCAGGCUGCUCUCCUCCAAGGCCCUGGCGGGAAAAGUGCGGACCCUGCGCUCCGAGGACAGCUCUCCACCCCCACGGGGUCUCCGCACCUCACCUCCGUCCACAGGCCGCUGCCCCCCAGCCGGGUCAUCGAGGAGCUGCACCGGGCGCUGGCCACAAAGCACCGUCAGGACAGUUUCCAAGGAAGGGAGAAUAAAGGGUCUCCGAAGAAGCACUUGGACGUCCGUCUGUCGAGAACCUCCAGCGUGGAGCGGAGCAAGGAGAAGGAGGAGGCGUGGGGCUUCGACGGAACCUUGGAGAACAAACGGACGGCAGUGAAAGACCCGGAGGAGAACAAGGAAAACUUGAUCAUCGAUUCCGAGCUCUCGGAGGACCUGCUUUUGUAUCAGGAUGAGGAGGCUCUGAACGACUCCAUAAUCUCUGGAACACUGCCCAGGAAAUGCAAGAAGGAGCUCUUGGCAGUGAAGCUGAGGAACCGGCCAAGCAAGCAGGAGUUAGAAGACCGGAAUAUUUUCCCCAGGAGGACGGAUGAAGAGAGGCAGGAGAUUCGGCAGCAGAUUGAAAUGAAACUCUCCAAACGGCUGAGCCAGAGACCUGCCGUGGAGGAACUGGAGAGGCGGAACAUCUUGAAACAAAGGAAUGAUCAGACAGAGCAGGAAGAAAGAAGAGAAAUCAAACAAAGAUUGACAAGAAAGCUGAAUCAGAGACCUACAGUUGAUGAACUAAGAGACAGAAAAAUUCUGAUACGAUUCAGUGAUUAUGUAGAAGUGGCAAAAGCACAGGACUAUGACAGGAGAGCAGACAAACCCUGGACCAGACUUUCAGCGGCAGAUAAGGCAGCAAUUCGUAAAGAACUAAAUGAAUACAAAAGUAAUGAAAUGGAGGUACAUGCAUCAAGCAAGCAUUUGACAAGAUUCCACAGACCAUAGAGAUUUUCUUCUGAGAAGAAUUUGUGUUUAAUUUUUGAUACCAACACUGAACAGUCAUCAGGGGACUUUCCUGAAGUUCAGCUCAAUAUUACCUGAUGUGUUUGUGAAGGAAGCAGGACCACACACACAGGUGAAAUCUUUGCUGCACUUACCUGCAAGAGGAGUACCAGAGGACACGUUUCACUCUUUGGUGUCUGAAGAGUGUGACCUGUUGGGGUCAGUUAAGACCCAAAGUAACCCUACCAGAAGAAAACUGUCAUUUGCCUUUCAGCCUUGUUUCACAUGGUUUCGCAGAAUAACUGGGAGCGGGAGAUGUGCAUGUGCAGGCAUACCAUUCCAAGGCCUCUGACAUAGUGGACAUGUGAUGCCGUGUCCUUCAGUAUUAUGUUGAAAAGACAUUUUUAUUCUGAUCAAAAUUAAUUUGGAAACUCUUUAAGUUUGUGUUAUACAAAAUGAUUUACUGUAUUAUACUUUUUGUUUUUUUUUUAUAUAAUGUCUAACAAAAAAUACAGUUGCAACAUUUUGAUUCCUGUUAAUUUUGUUCUUUAAUUAAAUGACUACUUAUUGCAGGAAAUGAA